AAACGUCAAGAUGGUCGUUCUCGAAUUCAUAUGAUUCUGCUCCAUAUGAGUUGACGCUUUUGCAGAGCGGGUUGAGCUCAGUAAAAGGCUGUAUAAAUCGUCGAUUUCUUUACUUAGUGAAUAUGGCUCGCGGUAGCAGUGCAGGUUUUGACAGACAUAUCACGAUCUUUUCGCCGGAAGGUCGGCUUUACCAAGUAGAAUAUGCCUUCAAAGCCAUCAAUCAGGGCGGUCUGACCUCUGUAGCCGUAAAAGGAGUUGAUACUGCCGUUUUCGCAACACAGAAGAAAGUGCCUGACAAGUUACUCGAUGCCUCCAGUGUUACCCAUGUGUUCCAGCUGACAGAAUAUAUUGGUUGUGUCAUGACAGGCAUGAUAGCUGACAGCAAGUCCCAGGUGGAACGUGCUCGAUACGAGGCAGCCCACUUCAAAUACAAGUACGGCUACGAGAUACCUGUGGAUGUACUCUGUCAGCGUGUCGCCGACAUCAGUCAAGUGUAUACGCAGAACGCGGAGAUGCGACCGCUCGGUUGCUCCAUGAUGCUCAUCGCGUACGACAAAGAGAAAGGUCCCUGCAUUUACAAAACUGAUCCAGCAGGUUACUUCUGUGGUUAUAGAGCUAUUUCUGUAGGAGCCAAGCAAACAGAAGCUAAUUCUUAUCUCGAGAAAAAACUCAAGAAGAAACAAAAUUACGAUUACGAUGAGACUAUACAACUAGCUAUCACUUGCUUGUCGAACGUUUUAUCUGUGGAUUUUAAACCGACAGAAAUCGAAGUGGGAGUUGUAUCGAAGGAUAAUCGCAAAUUCCGGGUCUUAAGCGAACAAGAGAUCGAUAAGCACCUAACUGCGAUUGCUGAAAAGGAUUGAUAAUUUUUUAUACAUUUAAAAAUAAAUACUAUGUGUCCAACACAAUUUUCGCUACAUUCAAUAUUCAAUAAAUUAUGCAUAUGGAUAAGAAAUCAA